AUGCCUCCAGCCCAUGUUCAACCAGACGGUGCCAGUCAUGCCUGGUUGGCGGGUCUUCUUCCCGACGAGGUGUACGCUUUCAAGGCGACCACUUGGUGCCAACCCGACGGCAGACCGACGGCACUCACGCCUAUUCUGCAUCGGCGUACUCAGAAGACGGGCCAGAGCUGGCAACCGCAAAACCCUGCAGCCUCGGUAACUGAAGACGACGACGUGUCUGACUUU